AUGCUAUGCUACCGACUGGCCAGAUCUCCUAGACCCUCACGCACAGCUCUAUCUGUGUCCAUUGCAGCCAUGUCCACUACCACUGAGCCCACCCGGAAGGCUAUGCCCUCCGCACUGACCUUUGACCGUCACGCCAAAUGCUCAACUACCAAAGCCCGUGCCAGUACCCUCCACCUUCCCCAUGGCUCGGUUCCAUUGCCAAUCUUCAUGCCUGUCGCGACACAGGCAUCGCUCAAGGGCCUGACAUACGACCAGCUGCGCGAUACAGGAUGCAUGCUUUGCUUAAAUAAUACAUACCAUCUGGGCUUGAAACCGGGUCAGGCAGUGCUAGACUCGGUCGGGGGAGCUCACAAGUUGCAAGGCUGGGAUCGCAAUCUCUUGACUGAUAGUGGAGGCUUUCAAAUGGUGUCCCUGCUGAAGCUGGCAACGGUGACAGAGGAAGGAGUGCGAUUCCUCAGUCCUCACGACGGCUCGCCGAUGUUGCUUACCCCUGAACACUCAAUCUCUCUCCAGAACUCCAUCGGUUCAGAUAUUAUCAUGCAACUAGACGAUGUUAUCGCCACAACUUCUCCAGAUCAUGCUCGCAUCAAGGAAGCCAUGGAGCGCUCUGUGCGAUGGUUAGAUCGCUGCAUCGAAGAACAUAAGUAUCCGGAAAGACAAAAUCUAUUCUGUAUUAUCCAGGGUGGUCUGGAUCUUGAGUUGCGGAAACAGUGUUGCGAGGAAAUGGUCGCUCGAGAUACUCCUGGAAUUGCUAUCGGAGGUCUAUCCGGUGGUGAGGCCAAGGAGGAGUUCUGCAAAGUAGUGGAUACUUGCACAGGACUACUGCCAGAAAAUAAGCCUAGAUACGUUAUGGGCGUGGGAUACCCUGAAGAUAUUGUCGUCGCAGUGGCUCUAGGUGCCGACAUGUUUGACUGUGUUUGGCCGACACGUACUGCGCGUUUCGGUGAUGCGAUCGUCUCUUCUGGUACGAUCAAUUUGCGUCGCAAAAUCUUCGAAGAAGACUUUAGACCGAUCGAGGAAGGUUGCACUUGUACCUCUUGUCGUCCAGUUGAACAAGGAGGUCUCGGCCUCACCCGAGCAUAUAUGCACCAUAUUACCGCCAAAGAGACAGUCGGUGCUCAUCUUUUGACGAUCCACAACGUUCACUUCAUGCUUACCAUGAUGGGAGCUAUCCGACAGGCCAUCAUAGAAGACAAAUACCCAGCAUACCUUCGCAAGUUCUUCUCAGACAUCUACGGAGGGGAUAAGUCCAAGUACCCCGAGUGGGCGAUCGGCGCCCUGCGUGGUGUUGGGGUGGACUUAUUGGCAGACUCAUAA